UUUCAAACUGCUACUGUUGCUACUGAAGGAUAAAUUUUUCAAGUCCCCACAUUAGGUUUGCUUUCUACCUUUCCAUCUUCUUUGAAGCCAAAAACAAGAACGGCUUAGCAGCAAGAGGAAAGUGCAGGAGAUAUUCAUGGCCUCCAUGUCAAUAUCUGUCUCUCUCUAUAGAGCUUGCAGUGGUAAUCAUGUCAUCCUGAAAAAACAGUCUCGAGCCAGAGCCAGAGCCAGAUGCUCCUUCGAAACCAAGAAGGAAACCCAUGUUGUCGUGGAUGCUGACGACAAGAGAUCGGUUGAUAUAAAGCAGAAAGAAAAUGGUGGUGUACGCAUCAGUGGUCUAAAGGAUGUCAAGGGCGACUCUAUGCUUGAGGUGGACACUGUUUCUUCUGUUCCAGGGUUUCGUGACGAGAGGUGGAAAAAUGGGAACUGGGACCUGAAUAUGUUCGUGAAAGAUGGGAAGAUGGAUUGGGAUGCUCUGAUAAUUGCAGAAGCAAGAAGGAGAAAGUUUCUUGAAAUAUACCCAGAAGCAGCAACAAAUGAAACUCCAGUGCUCUUCAGGAGCUCCAUCAUACCUUGGUGGGCAUGGAUGAAGUUGUAUCUUCCAGAGGCCGAGCUGCUCAAUGGUAGAGCAGCAAUGGUAGGAUUUUUUAUGGUAUAUGCGAUAGAUGCUUUAACUGGAUUAGACAUGGUGGGCCAGACAGGCCAUUUCAUUUGGAAGGCAGGCCUCUUCAUGACAGUCACUGGAAUAAGCAUCCUUGGAUGUACCAAGGAUUUUGGGAACUUGAAGAAGCUAGCUGAAGAGGCUACCUCCUAUGAUAAGCAAUGGCGAGCUACAUGGCAGGACCAGAAUGCAAGCAAUGGCAAUUUAGAACACAACCAGAAAAGCAAGUAAACUGAUCUGGCAGAUAAGAAAGAGUUCUAGUUUGAGUUUCAAGGUUUCUUAAAGCCAGGGUGUAUUGAUUUGUAUAGAGUAUCAAGUUUCAGCUCCAUGAAUGUGAUGAUAAGGGUACAGCACUAGAGUUUGGGGUUGUUGAAUCAACACUCUUUUUUUUUUAAUAAAAUUUAGUUGCUUUGAGUGAGGAAUUA